AUGGAUCCUAGCAACCCUUACAGUUUCCCUGCUCCUUACUUUGUAGGCAUGUUGAACUCUUCUGAACCUCCUUAUGUACCAAAUUACACAGAAACAUCUCAGCCUACUCAGUUUACCACAUCUUUUCCCUCUCAGCUUUCCCAAUUCCUUUCGCAACCAGUUCACUUUAGCUCUUCCACUGUCCCUUCUGAGUGUAUUGAUGUUAGUUUAUAUGAGAAUGAAGACGAGGGAGUUAGAGGGAGUAGAAAGAGGUGGACUACAGAGGAGGAUGUUCGGCUCAUAGGCGCUUGGUUGAACACAAGCAAAGAUCCGGUUGUGAGUAAUGAACAGCGGUUGGGUUCCUUCUGGAAGAGGGUGUCAGAUUAUUACCAAGCAAGUGAUGGAGCAUCCGGGACCAAUAAUAGAGGGCUUGUUCAGUGUAUGACUCGGUGGAAUAAGAUAAACCACCAAGUCAAUAAGUUUGUGGGCUAUUACUCACAAGCGAGUGCAAGAAGGAAGAGUGGAGAAUCGGAAGAUGAUGUGUUGAAGGUGGCAUAUGAGAUAAAAUGGAACUCGGAGGGUGGAAACUCUAAGAGGACUAAGCUUGAUUCAGAAGGAGUUUACUCAUCCAACUCAACAAACGAUGGCAUUGAGGAGAGGCCUCCGGGUGUUAAGGCGUCCAAGAAGAAAGGUAAGCAGGCGGCAGUGAGUAAUGAUGGUGAGGAUGCCAAAAUGGUUAAACUAGAUAGGAUUAUUGCCAUGAAGGAAAAGGAACAACAGGCUAAAGAUAGGCAAGGCAGAAUGAGAUUGCUUGAGAGUCUCCUAAACAACCCUAACCUUACACCAGCUCAAGUAGAACUCAGAGACAAGCUAACUGACCAAAUCUUGUCCCUCACAUAG